AAGUUGUCAAACACAUGUCAAAUUGGUGAUUGGUCGAAUAAUUUUGAGCGAGCUCAUCUUUUUCAUAAUUUGUGAAUGUUUUGUUAAAUAUGCUAAUCCUAUCGGAUACUAGAUGAAAUAUUAAACUUUAUUCGCCUAUCUAAAAAGUGCAAUGAUAAGAUGAUGCCGUUAAAAGACAACCAAGAUGUGGCCACAUUCCUUGUCACAAAACACUCAUGGAAAGGAAGGUACAAGAGGGUUUUCUCUAUUGGUACUCAUGGGAUCACAACAUACAACCCCGAUCGUUUGGAGGUGACCAACAAAUGGCAGUACUCUGACGUUGUCACAUUAGCUUCAGCGAAGCAUUCUAAUCCUGCUAACAACUAUGACUUCACACUUGUCAUGAAGAAGGAUAAGAAAAUUGAUUCAAUGAAGUUUUCUUCAGAACACAAAUGCCUUAUCAUAACAGAGGCUUUUAAGUAUAGGCAUUUGUUUUCUGAGAAACCGAAGGAUAUUUAUAGAUACCACUCAUAUAAACAUCACUGGAGUGGUACUAGACUGCCCAUAGUACUUGAAGUUGGCCCUUGUUCUCUAGAACAAUUAGAUCCUUCAACACACACACUUCUAGCUAGCUACCCCUACAGUGACAUACAAGGCAUUCUCCAAGUUAGGGACAUACCAGGAGGAUUUGUACUAGCCGUGGGGGGCUAUAGCCGGUUACAUCUGUUCUCCAAUGUCCUGGAUCACCAAAUAAUCAUAAACAAGAUGCUAGAAAUGGCCAGUUUAAGUCUAAAUAUCAGUAUUAAAGUGUUGUCCGCAACUAUCACUCUGGAUGACUAUCAUAACCAAAGAUUUGGCAAGUACAGUGGUGAUCAGCACCAGACAUCCCUGAGCGAGUUCAUGGUACACAAAGUGAAUCCGGCGCGACACAUGGAGCCCAUGCGUCGGACACUGUGCCUCUCAGACACAUGCAUAUUGGAGAGAGAUCCACAGACGUACUCAGUAGUAUGUCUGCGGCCGCUGUGCGACGUAUUCGCCCUCGUGCGAGACCCUGAUCACCCACAAAAGUUCUCCAUUGAAUAUCUAAAUGGUCAGACCCGCACGUAUUUAGCAGGUGAAAGGGAUGCGCUACUAGCGUCGCUUGUGGACGGCGUGCGGUCUGCGGGGCAACGCGAUGUUCACGUGCGUUCGUCGCGCACGCCGCGGGGAUACCGCCUCGGCCCUUUGCACCAUCCCGUCGAUGAGGAGACCGAGUCCAACCAUUUACGAUUAUUCCAAAACCCAGUACAAGCAGGGACAAAAGUGAUGUCAAGAGCAGAAGUGAUCGAACGCUUCAACGCCAAUGUCGGAUACAGCGGUCUCAUUUAUUCCGUCAGCCAAGAUGCUCGACCCCUGUUGUGGCUGUUUCUUACGUGGGAUCUUCGUCUAUUCGCGGAAAACAAGGAGAAGUUGAUCACGGGUGCCUUGACUGCUAUCAUGAGCAGUUGUCCAUCGGGCUCCAAUCUACCGCUGAGGGAGCUAGAGGCGCAGUUCCACGCACUACGGCGACUGUGCGCGAGUAAAGUGGGAUUCGCAGCUUUUACUGCUCUCUCUGGGUUCCGGGAAUGGAUGGGCAGCGCGGUGGUGGGUGCGCUGAGACGCGAGUGCAGCGCGUGCUCGCACGCGGCGCUGGACGCGCUGUGCGCGCUGCUGCAGCCCAUGCACGCGGAACCCGACCUGAGGCAGGAGCAACUCAACAAAGCCAGUAUGCUGGCUUCGCAGACGUUCCUCGAGGGCUUGCUGUCUAUGUGGGCCACGCAUGUUACAGGGGGCAGCGGUGCGUUAGUGGUAGCCGCCAUGUUGGAUUUCCUCACCUUCGCGCUGUGCGUGCCGUACAGCGAGACCACGGACGGCAAGCAGUUUGACCAGCUCCUCGAAAUGGUAGCUGGUCGAGGACGUAUCAUUUUUAAACUAUUCGAGCACCCAUCAGCUGCAAUAGUAAAAGGCGCAGGUCUCGUAGCUCGAGCGCUAGUGGAAGAAGGCAGCGGCGGAGUGGGCGCCAAAGUACAAGCCUUAGCCUUAGCUGAGGCGGCCUUGCCGAGACACUUGCUCCACGCGUUGUACACUACCGCCGCGCCCGCGAGAAUGCAGCGCCGGCAUUUGGCCAGGCACCUCGUCGCGCUUUGGCUGGUGGAACACGGGCCUGCUAAUGACCUACUGAGAAGAAUUAUGCCAUCAGGGCUAUUAGCUUUUCUGGAAUCUGUGGAGGCGCCACCAGCAGCAGCUUUAGAAGCAGAGCGUGUCGAAGAGCGGGACAACCUACAGCUGGCGCAAGCGCAAGCGUCCAAUCGACCACGAGCGCCGCACUGGGAGGCCAUCGAGCGACAGGUCAAAUACGUAGAAAAACAUAUUGAGCACUACGCGUCACUAGCCCUGCAGCACUGGGCACAGCGGACGCGCGGCACGGACGCGCGCAAGGAGGUCCGCGAGCGCCCCGUCGUGCUGCGGCGACGCAGGGAGCGCGUCAAGUCCACCGCCAACUGGCCCAUGUUCUACUACCAGUUUCACAGAGAUCAUGCGCUGCCUAAUCUCAUUUGGAAUCAUACUACACGUGAAGAACUACGCAACGCUCUGGAGAACGAGUUGCGUGCGUUCGCAAUGGACCGAGAAGUGGCGGGCGGCGCGCUCACUUCCUGGAACCACGCGGAACUUGAGGUCCACUACCAGUGCCUGCAGAAUGAGGUCAAGAUCGGCGAUUACUACUUACGGAUACUUCUUGAACAGAAGGACAACGAUGAUAGCCCCAUUCGAAAGUCAUAUGAAUUCUUCAAUGACCUAUACCACAGGUUCCUAUCAACACCGAAAGUGGAAAUGAAAUGUAUGUGUCUACAGGCGAUGACUAUAGUCUAUGGCAGAUAUUACGAAGACAUUGGGCCUUUCGCCGAUACCAAAUACAUAGUGCAAAUGUUAGAUAGAACUUGUGAUAAAAUGGAAAGAGAUAGAUUAGUACAGUUUUUAGCCAAAUUAAUUUUACACAAGAAAAAUGUUAGCGAAAUUUUAGAGUGGAAUGGUAUAAGAAUACUGGUAGACCUCAUGACACUGGCGCAUUUACACACGUCGCGCGCGAUGGUGCCGGCGCAGACCAACGUCAUCGAGGGGCCAGCGCAGACGGGCGACGGCGACCGUGAGUGGUACUAUAAUGUCGAGACUGGGGACAAGGUUCAGAGGAAAGGACCUGUUAGUUUUCAGCAGCUAAAAGACCUAUACAAAAGCGGGGAAAUAAACAACAAAACAAAAUGCUGGGCGAACAGCAUGGAAGGAUGGAGGGCUUUAGGAGGCAUUCCGCAGUUACGGUGGAGUCUAGUGGCGAGAGGCGCGCCCGCUCUCACCGAGACAGAGCUCGCCGCUACCAUACUGGAUCUACUUAUCGCCUGUGCGCGGUACUAUCCUAGCAGAGACGAAGAAGACGCAGUGAUAAGACCUUUGCCUCGAGUUAAGAGAAUGCUUUCGGAACCGGCUUGCUUAGCACACGUAGUCCAACUACUAUUGACAUUUGAUCCCAUUCUCGUUGAAAAGGUGGCGACGUUACUAUACGAAGUGAUGCAAGACAACCCCGAGAUAUCCAAAUUAUAUUUGACUGGAGUGUUCUACUUUAUGUUGUUGUAUACCGGGUCAAACUUGUUACCGAUUGCAAGGUUUUUGAGGCUUACGCACAUGACCCAGGCGUUCAGAGCAGAUCAGUCCAAUUCAGAUAUAAUGCAGCGUUCUAUACUGGGCCAGCUAUUACCGGAAGCAAUGGUGUGCUAUUUAGAAAAUCAUGGUUCAGAUAAAUUCGCACAGAUCUUUCUUGGUGAAUGGGAUACCCCUGAGGCGAUAUGGAACUCUGAAAUGAGGCGCAUGUUAAUAAUGAAAGUAUCGGCUCAUAUCGGCGAGUUCACGCCGCGCCUGCGGGCGCACAUCGCGGCGCGCUACCCCUACCUAGCCAUCCCCGCAGUGCUCUACCCGCAGCUGCGCAACGAGCUGUUCUGCAACAUGUUCUACCUGCGACAUCUGUGUGAUACCCAGAAAUUCCCUGACUGGCCUAUACCAGACCCGGUAGGUCUUCUGAAAGACGUGCUAGAGGCGUGGCGUCGCGAGGUGGACAAGAAGCCCUCGUCUAUGACGGCGGAGCAGGCCUACAUCGCGCUAGGCCUCGAGCCGGGGACGCACGAUGAAGCAGCAGUACGGAAGGCCUACUACCGUCUGGCACAGCAGUUCCAUCCGGAUAAAAAUCCUGAGGGACGGGAUCGUUUCGAGGCAGUGAAUCAAGCGUACGAGUUCCUGUGCAGUCGGAACGUAUGGACUGGCGAUGGACCCAAUACAAACAACAUCCUGCUUAUUCUGCGCACGCAGACCAUAUUAUUCCAAAGAUAUUCUGAAGUAUUGUCUCCGUACAAAUACGCGGGCUACGGUGCGCUGCUACGCACGGCUCGGCUAGAAGCGGAGGCCGAGUCUCUGUUCGCGCGCGACACCGCACUGUUGCCGGCCGCGUGCGAGCUCGCGCACGCCACGCUCGCCUGUUCCGCCCUCAACGCUGAGGAACUCUGUCGCGAACGCGGCCUCGAGGUGUUACAAGAGGCGCUCUCACGCUGUGUGUCGGUGCUGGGAGGCAGCAAGGAGGGCAGCACCGCGGCCGCCGUGUGCAUGCACUGCGCGCGCUGUUUCGCGGUGGCCGCGCGCUUCCCGUCGUGUCGCGCCGCCGCCUCGCAGCUGCCGCAACUCUGCGCCGACAUCGUGCCGCUGCUGAGACGACCGGAGUUAGGAGAGACGGCGUGUGCAGGCGCGGAGGCGGUGGCGGCACUAUCCGCAGACCCGCAGUGUCGCGUGCGGUUCGCGCGCGCGCACGUGUUGCACGCGCUGCUGCCCGCGGUCCUGCGCUACGACUACACGCUCGCCGAGUCCGGUGUACCCAACGAGGGAGAUAAUAAACAGGAAGUGGCGAAUCGCCUAGCGACGCAAUGCGUAGCAGCGCUUGCGGCGUUGUACGGGCCGCACGAGGAAGCGAGCGAAGUGGACGACGAUGUUCGUCGCGCGUUACAUGCCUUGCUCACACCACACCUGUGUGAGAAGUUGGACAGCUCCGAUACACAUGAGCUUCUCAAAACGCUGACUUCCAACUGGAAAACGCCGUACCUUGUGUGGGACAACAGUACCCGAGCGGAAUUGCAAGAGGCGCUUCGAAAUCGGCCCACUGGUGAAGAUGAGCCAUUGGUACCUCUGUUGCAAUACUCCGCCCAUGAAGGCCUACUUUCCGUCGGUGGCGUCUACUUGGACAUUUACAACGAACAGCCCGACUUCCCUAUUGAGAAUCCCCAACAAUUUGUGUUGGAUCUGCUCAAGUUUAUCGAAGAGGAGACUCAGGCUGACGUGGUGGAGGAGAAAGCGGAGCCCCUCACAUUAGCGUUGAAUGCACUCGCCAAUUGUAUUAUAAAAAAUCCUGGCGUAGAAAUCCAGUGCAUCGGACACUUCGGCCUAAUAUUCGGUCUGAUGUCGGCUCGAGCCUUGCCUCAAGCUUCCGAAGCGGCGGUGCAAGUAGUCGGGGCCGCGGCGCGCAGUCGAGAGUGUGUGGAGGACAUAGCGGCCGGGGCUUUGCUGGGACAUCUACUGCCGCUGUUGACUCCCACUCGACCAGACGCGUUGAACGCGCUCGCUGCUUUGCUCACUGCCACGCCUCUGGUACGAGAGGCUUUGGCUAAAGGUGCUGUGAUAUACUUAUUAGAUUUAUUCUGCAACUGUAAGAUACCGGAAAUAAGAGAGAUGGCCGUGGACCUGCUCGCACGAAUGAUGGCUGACAAAUUACACGGACCAAAGGUUCGUCUCACGAUAUCGCGGUACGUGCCAAGUGUAUUCGCCGAGGCCAUGCGGGAGGCGGGCGCGGCGGGCGCGUUACAUACAUUCGACGCGGCGCACGAACACCCCGAACUAGUCUGGGGCGACGAACUUAGAGCGCGCGUGCGUGCUAACCUAGCACAGUUGCGAGAUAGGCAUUAUACAAACCAAAUCCGGGACCCAUCAGUAUUAUUCGAAGACCGCGACCCGACGGAGACGGGCGAGGAGGCGUGGGCGCCGGCCGGCGAGGUGGUGGUGGGUGGCGUGUACCUCAAGCUGUUUCUGCAGAACCCCACGUGGAGCUUGCGCAGCCCCAAGCGCUUCCUGCAGGAGCUGCUCACGGAGACCCUCGCCUCGCUACACAAGGACUCUUCCGAGGGCAGCAGAGGAGACACGUGCGCGCGCGCGUUAGCGGCGCUGCUGCGCGCGCGGCCCGCGCUGUGCGAGGCGUGCGCGCAGCUGGGAGAGCUGCCCCGCCUCGCGCGGCUAUUGCCGGCGUGCCCCAAACAUGCCGUGCCUGUACUAGCUGCGCUGGCGCAGACUCAGGCGUGCGUGCUGGCACUCAGUCAGACGGACGUGAUGUCGGGGCUGAAGACGGCCGUGAAGACGUGUCGCGAGGUGGUGGGCGCGGCCUGCGACGCGCUCUGCUCCAUCUUCAACAGCACCGUCAACACGGACAAACUCGUUCUGCAGGCAUUAGAAUCGGAGCUGGUUAGCGAGUUGCUGUCAGUACUAGAGGGGAGGAGUAUAGAGGGCAGCGCGGCGGCGCGCGUGGUGGGCGCUCUUAAGGCCAUGUGUCGCAGCGGCGCGCACGCGGAGCGAGUGCGAGCGUUGUUGGCGCGCUCGCCGGUGUGGGAGCAGUACUCUGCGCAGCGGCACGAUCUAUUCAUAUCUGCGCCGCAGCAUCAUUCCAUUGCGGCGGCGCCGCAGACCGCCGGCUACCUGUCCGCGCCGCCGUCCGCGCCGCCCGCGCACCCGCCGCCGCUCGACUGACCGACUCGCGCCGAGCCGUGCACUGAGACGAGUCUACUGCUCACUAGCUCAGAGAUCUCAUGUUCUUAAUUAUUCACACACAAAAAAUAGUGAUACCAAACUUUUUGGAUGCUUCACAGUUAAUUCUCGAACUUAAAGAAGUAUAUAAUGCGUGAAAAAUGAGUUCUCACGCGCCAUUUUACCUUUGUGUGAAGUGUCAUGUCAAAAGUACGUUAGUUAGUUAUAAUUUUUAUCCCCUUGAGGAAAGACAAAAGUACGACGUUGGUUAUUUAUUUUAAAGGUAAACCGUAAUUUUGACGUGACAGUUGACCCAUAGAGUCAAAAUGGGGCGCGAGAAGUAAUUUUGUAUGGACUAUACAGCUCUAGCAACCUAUACG